AUGUUGGACUCUCCACAAGGCUGCCAACCCUUCCUAUGCGCUAUUAGGUUCCCAGGAGCUCAUUUAUUUCCCACCUCGGAGACCUUAGAACCACUCCCCUUACCGCCCAUCCAGGCCCCCUCAGAACCAGUACCCUUACCGCCCAUCCAGGAACCCUCAGAACCAGUACCCUUCCCGCCCAUCCAGGACCCCUCAGAACCAGUACCCUUACCGCCCCCCUUCAGGCCCUCAGAACCAGUAGGCCCUCAGAACCAGUACCCUUCCCGCCCAUCCAGGACCUCUCAGAACCAGUACCCUUACCGCCCCCCAUCAGGCCCUCAGAACCAGUACCCUUCCCGCCCAUCCAGGCCCCCUCAGAACCAGUACCCUUACCGCCCCCCAUCAGGCCCUCAGAACCAGAACCCCUUACCCUCCAUCCAGGCCUCAGAACCACUCCCCUCACCCCCACCCCCUUAA